AUGGUCAAGGAAAUCAAGCCUCGCAACACCAAGCGCUCUCCGGACGUGGUCGCCCGUGACUACACCAUUAAUUUGCACAAGCGUCUUCACGGAUGCGUAUUCAAGAAGAAAGCGGCCCGUGCUGUACGUGCUAUCAAAAAAUUUGCUCAGGUAGCCAUGAAGACCCAGGACGUGCGUAUUGAUUCGAAGCUCAACAAGUUCAUCUGGUCCAAGGGUGUGCGUAAUGUGCCCUACCGUGUACGCGUGCGUCUCUCACGCAAGCGUAACGAUGAUGAGGAUGCGAAGGAGAAGCUAUAUACGCUUGUGCAGCAUGUACAGGUUGCUUCAUUUAAGGGCCUUCAGAACGACACUGUUGACGAGUAA